AUGUAUAAAAAGGUAAACGAAGUCGCUGAAAAUUUGGGACUACAGGAAUGUCUGGGCACAAUAGCUGCAAACCUGAGCGGGGGAGAAAAAAAACGGCUAUCAAUUGGAGUCGAAAUAGUAUCAAACCCCCAGGUUUUGAUUUUGGAUGAGCCGACGAGUGGACUAGACUCGGCGUCUUCAUACCAAGUAAUGAGCUUAUUGAGGAGAUUGUCUCAAGAAGGCUGCACGAUAAUUUGCUCAAUCCAUCAGCCUAGCAGUCAGAUUGUGACUUUGAUCGACAACAUCUUGGUGCUUGCUGAUGGCCAGGAUCUUUAUUGCGGACCUCGGGUUAGUCUUGUUGAAACUUUUGAGCAAGCGGGCUUUGCUUGUCCAUCUUUUUACAACAUCUGUGAAUUUGGGUGUCAAUAUUUAGACCCCUGUCAAUAA